AUGGCAUCAGUGUUCGGCGGUGUAGAAGGCGGGGGUACCCACUCCAAAGCUAUACUCUUGGCAGAAGAUGGAAGAAUUCUUGCAGAAACUGACGGACCCUCCACCAACCACUGGUUGGUGGGAGUUGACAUAUGUAUUGAAACCAUCAACAAAAUGGUCCAGAAUGCCAAGACGAGCGCAGGACUGAAUCCAGACACGCCACUGCGCUCGCUAGGCAUGUCUCUGAGCGGGGGUGAGCAGAAGGACGCGAUCGAGAAACUGAUCGCUCGCAUGAAGGACCAGUUUCCCAAUCUUAGCCAACAUUAUUUUAUCACGACGGAUGCUAUCGGAGCCAUGGCUACAGCUAGCGAUCGCGGAGGCGUUGUCUUAAUAUCUGGGACCGGCUCAAACUGCAAAUUAGUUAAUCCAGAUGGGUCCCAGAUUGGCUGUGGGGGUUGGGGUCACAUGAUGGGUGACGAAGGAUCAGCGUUCUGGAUCGCUCAUUUGGCUGUAAAAACGGUAUUUGACGCUCGGGACAAGCUGGCCACGCCUCCUCAUGAUGUUACACAUGUGAGAAAAGCCAUGGAGGAAUAUUUUGCGGUGUCAGAUCUAAUGGGGAUGCUGCCGCACCUCUACAGAAACUUCCAGAAGUCCCACUUUGCUGGGUUCUGUAAGAAGCUGGCUGAAGGAGCCGAGGCCGGUGAUGCGCUUUGUCGAUACGUGUUCACUCAAGCUGGCAGAGUCCUCGCCAAACAUGUGGAAGCAGUCUUACCCGCAGCGCAGGAGCCUCUCCUGUGCGGCGACCUCGGCCUGCCCAUCCUGUGUGUGGGCUCCGUCUGGAAGAGCUGGGAGCUUCUGAAACCUGGCUUCACAGAGGUCCUGGAUCUGGCGGCGUCAUCCGACGAGCUCAAGGGCCGAUUCCGCGGCUACAGCCUCUUGUCGUUAAGGCAAUCCUCGGCGCUCGGCGGCGCCAGUCUUGGAGCGCAGAGUUUAGGCGCAGUCUUCAAAAUGGACUACGCAGCCAAUGUUGACGUCUUCUAUCGUCACUCCUGGAAAAGCGAGCAGUAA